CAAUCUGCACAUCCCUUCCAUGCAUCGUUUAACCGUUUCAAACGGACUUCCCUUUUCUCGCCCCCCCUUUUUCUCCCUCUCCCCGCACCAUCUCCAUCAUCUGUCUCGCCCCAUCUCGUGUCUACAUAUCUCGAUUGAAUCCACUUUUCUUCUUGCUCACUGAAUCUUGUACCUUGGAGACGUCCCAUCGUCCAUUUCAAUCCACGUAACCCCCCCUGCUCGGUGGAGCCAGAGGCACACGAGUGUCGCAUCUUUGUGGUGAUUGUUGCUAUUUUGGUUGUUGGGCGGGUUGAUGUCAUUGUUUUGGCAGCCAGCCACAACGCGAUACCUGCAAUACCACGCCCUCUACUCCCGGAAUUCGUGCAAACCCCAUUCGAUUUAGGGGAGAGCUUGAUAUAGGAAGGGGCAGAAAGGCCACUAGGUGAUCAAAAGAGAAGAAGAAUACGAAGAACAAUGACUUGUUGCUGUUGCGCUGAUAGGAGCGAAAGAGCGCACACGCCGCGCCGACUUGCCUGUCGCCCAGCAGCUUCAGCCUGCAACCAGCCAACAACCACUUGAAUAUACGCGGAAGCGCUUGGAUUUCGAUACGUGUAUUCUUCAUUUUUCACGAUAAUCGCGGUUGGCUACCCUACGUCGUCUGCCAUAAGGGGCUCGUAUAGAACAUACAGAAGGGACAACGGAUUGGGAGAACACCAUGGACCGAUUCCGCAGGGCCAGCUAUAUGCCUUCGCCAUUGACGUUGAGCAAUAGCAGCGGAGGAAGCGGUAGUAGUGGGAACAGUCGAGGACGUGAUGAUAUGGCAGCACGGCAACAACCUACAGGGAGGAAGAGGCACAGCAUAGGGAGGGCAGCAGAGAGCUUUCAGACCAUGUUGUCCGCUUCAUUGAGAAGCAUGAGGAGGAAAGGUGCGGGAGAAGGAUUAUCAGGCAAAAGCCCUUUCCUCGCCGCCCUCGUCCGGCUCCCGCGCGAACUCCACAUCCAAAUCCUCUCCUCGCUCUGCAUAGCAGACCUCCUAUCGCUCCGCCUCACCUCUCGCACCCUCAACGACCUCGUAACAUGCUGCGGCUCCGCGCUCGUGCGGCACUGGGUCCGCCACAAGAUGGGCACCCUGCACACGCGCCUGUACCCGCCUCCUCGCCCCAACGAAGCAGACCUCCCCUACCUCCUCGCCAUGCGCCGCCGGCACAUCGCAUCGGUGCGGUUAACCCGCCAGCUCGCGCGCUUCGUGCUCCACGACACGCUCAAGCACACCAGCGAGCGCCAGCGCCAGAUGUGGGCCAGCGUGUACGAGAAGAUGAUCCCGCUCGUGUUCGGGGUCGGGUAUUUCCUCGAAGAGCACCGCCGCGCCAUCCUCGAGCGCGAUCUCGGCCGCAUCAGGCCGCGCAGCCACAUCGGGUAUGACAUCUGCACCGAGGGCAGCAUCGCCGACGCCGAGCGCAAGAUCCUGAUGCGCCUGGACCCGCCGCUGCGGCUGCAGUUCUUCUACAUGUACUGCUUCAUCCUGCAGGUGCUGACGCGGAAGCUGCGGCCGCCCACGUACACGGGGUCCGUGGAGAAGGUGUUACGGGGCUGGCAUGGGAAACCGGCUUGUGCCGAGGAUGUCGCGUUUGUGCUCAUUCUCGGGGGUGUGGGACAGGUUGCCAAACUGCUUUCCUGUCGGAACUACGGGGAGCGAAGGCGGCUGCUGCACAUGUUCAUCACGCGGUUGUCUCCGCAUGAAAGCGUGAGCUGGAGGAAACAUUGGAGAGAUGUCGGGGUUACGUCGCCCGCGCUUCUCGACGAUAUCCCGUGUAGUACCAUCCGCAUUACGCAGUUGGAUCAGAUUUGGGAACCGCUUGUGGUGGAGGCGAUGAGGGCUGAGAGUAGAGAGUUUACGGCGCUGGAGAAGCAGAGGUUUGCCGAGGUUAUGGCUUCACGAGGAUUUCUGAAUGAGCUUAUGGGGUAUGACAUUUUGAGGGGGAGACCGGCUGUGGCGGAUGAUUCUGAUGACAACGAGGAGCACGGUGGCGAGCAGCUUCAUGGCGAGGAGUAUUAUUAG